ACUCAAAUCAAUAAAAUUAGAAAUGAAAAAGGAGAAGCUACAACAGACACUGUAGAAAUACAAAGCAUCCUAAGAGACUACUACCAGCAACUCUGUGCCAAUAAAAUGGACAACCCGGAAGAAAUGGACAAAUUCUUAGAAAGGUAUAACCUUCCAAGACUGAACCAGGAAGAAAUAGAAAAUAUGAACAGACCAAUCACAAGUAAUGAAAUUGAAACUGUGAUUAAAAAUCUUCCAACAAAGAAAAGUCCAGGGAGAUCGAUCUAAGAUGGCGACUGUGGAACCAGAAACCACCCCUACUCCUAAUCCCCCACCUACAGAAGAAGAGAAAACAGAAUCUAAUCAGGAGGUUGCUAACCCAGAACACUAUAUUAAACAUCCUUUACAGAACAGAUGGGCACUCUGGUUUUUUAAAAAUGAUAAAAGCAAAACUUGGCAAGCAAACCUUUGGCUGAUCUCUAAGUUUGAUACUGUUGAAGACUUUUAGGCUCUGUAAAACCAUAUCCAGUUGUCUAGUAAUUUAAUGCCUGGCUGUGACUACUCACUUUUUAAGGAUGGUAUUGAGCCUAUGUGGGAAGAUGAGAAAAACAAACGAGGAGGACGAUGGCUAAUUACAUUGAACAAACAGCAGAGACGAAGUGACCUCAAUUGCUUUUGGCUAGAGACACAGCUGUGCCUUAUUGGAGGAUCUUUUUAUGACUACAGUGAUGAUGUAUGUGGAGCUGUGGUUAAUGUUGGAGCUAAAGGUGACAAAAUAGCAAUAUGGACUACUGAAUGUGAAAACAGAGAAGCUGUUACACAUAUAGGGAGGGUAUACAAGGAAAGGUUAGGACCUCCUCCAAAGAUAGUGAUUGGUUAUCAGUCCCAUGCAGACACAGCUACUAAGAGCAGCUCCACCACUAAAAAUAAGUUUGUUGUUUAAGAAGACACCUUCCGAGUAUUCUCAUAGGAGACUGCUUCAAGCAAUCGAGGUUUGGGAGCUGAACCAAAGCCUCUUCAAAAGCAGAGUGGACUGCAUUUAAAUUUGAUUUCCAUCCAAAUGUUGCUAAGAUAUAAGAGAAGUCUCAUUUGCCUUUGUCUUGUACUUCUGUGUUCAUAUUUUUUUUUUUUUUAAUUUUGGCUAGAGUGUCCACUAUCCCAAUCAAAGAAUUACAGUACACAUCGUCCCCAGAAUCCAUAAAUGUGUUCCUGGCCCACUCUGUAAUAGCUUAAAAGAAUUAACGAUUACAAACACAUUUGACCCAUCUACAAUAUUAAAGAAAAGA